AUGCUAUUCCAGGAGCUUAUACAGGGCUCCAGGGCUAACGACAUCCUAAGGCACCUUCAGGGAUUGCCUCCCAAGCAUGUGGCUCUCUUGGUGCUUGGGAUCGGGCUCGCUGCAUUGGCAGCCGAUUAUGCUCGCAUGCUCUGGCUACGGUCGAAGAUGCCACCAGGGCCAUUGCCGUGGCCGAUAGUAGGAAACACAUUUAUGCUUCCUGAGAAUAAGCCAUGGAUAUGGUUCGAAGAACUCUCCAAGAGAUAUCAAGCACCUCUAGUCACUGUAUGGAUAGGCAGAAACCCGACCGUAUGGAUCAAUGACGCUUGGGCGGCAUCGGAACUGUUUGACAAACGUGCUGGCAUCUACUCCUCUCGCCCAAGAAUGGUAGUCUUUGCAGAGCUAGGAGCAGGGCAGAACAACCUCGUCAACAUGUACACCAUGACGCCCGAACAACGAGAUCGAUGGCGUGUCCACAGGAAGCUCAUGCACCAUGGCGUUGGUAUACAGUCUGUCAGGAAAUAUCGAGACUUCCAGAAUAAUGAGAGCAGGCUGGUGGCGUACGAUUUCCUCACUUCUCCUGAGGACUAUGUCAAGCAUUUUGAGCGCUAUGCGACAAGCGUGGUAUCCAUCAUUGCUUUUGGCAGAAGAGUGGAGAGUUCGGACGAUCCUAUCAUCACAGAGGUCAUCGCGGGCAUGCAUCUCGCAGCAGAUCUGAACGUCCCAGGGAAGCGGUUCCCAAUGCUGAUGGAGAGCUUCCCUACGCUUGCCAGCUUUCCUAACGCCAUAGCACCCUGGAAGCAUGGUUUGGGGGCGAAACGCGGCUUCACUUUCUUUUUCGCUCUUGCUGAUGAGGCAAAUAAGAAGGAGGGACAAGAUGGCGCUUACGUGAAACAUCUUUUCGCAGAACGGGAGAAGUACAAUCUCGCAGUGGAAGAGAUUUCAGCUCUUACAGGCAACUUGUUCGGUGCAGGAUCGGACACCAGCAGUAGCACAUUGAUUACUUUCAUUCUCGCAUGUUGUGCGUUCCCUGAGACCCUCAAGCCAGCAUGGGAAGAGCUGGAUCGAGUUGUUGGGCCCGAUCGAAGUCCGACUUGGGAAGAUGAGGAAAAACUACCAUACGUCAAAGCCUUUGUCAAAGAGGUUCUCCGAUGGCGGUCGGUUGCGAUUAUUGGUGGCCAGCCGCAUGCACCCACUCAAGAUGACCAUUACAAGAACUGGCUGAUACCAAAGGGGACAUGGAUACAGGGAAACGUCUGGGCCAUCCACAGGAACGAACGCGAAUUCCCCGACCCUGAUCGGUUCAACCCCCAGAGAUAUCUCCCAGGUCAUCCAGAUAGUCGGCCUUUCCCGGGAGAGCGAGGCUACAUGACGUUCGGAUGGGGUCGAAGAGUGUGCUCAGGACAAGCCUUAGCUGAACAAGGCACCUGGAUCACCAUUGCAAGAAUACUCUGGGGCUUCAACAUUGAGAAACAGCGACGCGAGGAUGGAUCCUUUGUACCUGUUGACAUCUUCAACUACACGUAA